AUAAUCGUUUGGACUCAUACUAGUCAAGGUCUUUAACUUGUUAAUAUCUAUAAAAUUCACUAAUUCUGAAGCUAUAUUUCCAAAGUCGCCCAUUUGAGAGAGCUCUGCAGAAUAUGGUUUACUUGCACAAGCAGAACUCCUUGCCAACUCACAGACUACUUACUACCAGAGUUUUUCAAAUGAAAAAUCCAAGACGUCACUUCCUAAUUCUAUUCAUUCAACUUGUGUCUAUCAUUAGCUUUUGCCACUAUGUAAUGCCAAUAAGAGGUGAAAAUAAUAACACUAGUGCUGUAAAGGUGGAUCUGGGUAUAAUUCUUGAUAUGGAAACAGAUGUGGGAAAAGUAAUGCACACAUGUAUUUUACUAGCAAUUGAAGAUUACCAUGCUGCCGCUAGUCAUACUGCCACUAGGAUAGUACCCCACUUGAGGGAUUCCGAGAAAGAUGAUGUUGAAGAAGCAUCAGCUGCCAUAUAUUUGCUCAAGGAUGUCCAAGUACAAGCUAUCUUUGGCCCACAAACUGAUUUUGUGAUUGACUUGGGGAACAGAGCAAAAGUUCCUAUCAUAUCUCCAGCAACAAAUCCUUUACUUUCAGUCAAGGAAAAUCCCUUCUUCAUCAGAGGAGCACUUCCUUCUUCCAGCCAGACUAAAGCCAUUGCAGCAAUUGUUAAAAACUAUGGUUGGAGGCAGGUUGUAAUCAUCCACGAGGAUAGCUCCUAUGGAACUGGGAUAGUUCCACAUCUGACGGAUGCCUUGCUGGAAAACAACACUUUAGUUUCCUAUAGAAGUGUUAUUUCUCCUUCAGCCAAUGAUGAUCAAAUACUCAAGGAAUUAUACAAUUUGAAUACAAAACAGACGAGGGUGUUCAUCGUGCACUUGCAACCAUAUCUUGCCUCGCGCCUUUUCCUCAAGGCCAAAGAAGCUGGGAUGAUGAGCACUGGAUAUGCAUGGAUCAUCACAGAUGUGCUAACGAGCCUUCUGGACUCAGUAGAUCCUUCAGUAAUUGAAUCAUCAAUGCAGGGUGUUCUUGGUAUAAAGCCUUAUGUUCCAAGUACAACCGAGCUUAAAAAUUUCACCAAGAGAUGGAGAAAAAGAUUUCGUCAAGUAUAUCCAGACAUAGACGGAGUAGAACUCAAUGUUUUCGGGCUAUGGGCAUAUGAUAGUAUCACUUCAUUAGCAGAAGCAGUAGCAAAAGUGGGAAUUACUGCUAUCCCGAAAUUCAAAAGAGAAGAUACUAGAAAGAACUUAACGGACAUAGAUGCACUUGGAACUUCAGAAUUGGGAUCUCUGCUCAUUCACUCUAUGCAAAACAUAACGCUAAAAGCAGGUCUAAGUGGUGAUUUCCGCAUAGCAGAUGGAGAAUUGCAGCCUUCGCCAUAUCAGAUUGUGAAUAUUAUUGGGACAGGACAGAGAAGCGUUGGAUUCUGGACAGAGAAGGAUAGCAUUUCGUAUAAACUGAAGAUGAAUGGUAAAAUAGCUAAAACUGAUAAUAAGCAACUAGGGCCCAUCAUUUGGCCCGGUGAAUCUACUAUUGUUCCGAAAGGCUGGGACAUGUCCACAAGCGGGAAGAGGCUAAGGGUUGGAGUUUCUGUCAAUGGAAAGCUGGACGAAUUCAUUAAAGUGGAAAGAGAUUCAAAAACACAAGCAAUAGUCGCAACUGGUUUAUGUUUAGAUUUCUUCAAGGAAAUCAUCGAAUCUUUGCCAUAUGCUGUCAGUUAUGUAUUUAUUCCAUUUACAAUGCCAGAUAGCCGCACUUCCCCAGACUAUGAUCAUCUUGAUAACAUGGAAUAUGAUGUAGUUGUAGGUGAUGUGACCAUUUUAGCGGGACAAUCCAAGUAUGUGAACUUCGCAUUACCUUUUCCAGAGUCAGGUAUUUCCACAGUUGUGCCAGUUAAAGAUGAUGAGAGGAAGAAUAUUUGGAUUUUCUUGAAACCUCUAAAGAGUGAGCUCUGGAUAACAACUGGAGCUUUCUUUGUCUUCAUUGGUUUUGUGGUUUGGGUACUCGAACAUCGUGUAAACAAAGAGUUUCGAGGACCCAAGCACAAGCAAGUUGGUAUGAUGUUCUGGUUUUCUUUCUCAACUCUCGUUUUUGCUCAUAGAGAGAGGGUAACAAGUAACUUAACAAGAUUUGUGCUGAUUGUGUGGGUUUUCGUGGUUCUGGUGCUGACAUCAAGUUAUACAGCCAGCUUAUCAUCUAUGCUAACAGUGCAACAGCUCCAACCUGCCAAUGAUCUCAUUAACAAUGGAGGAUAUGUUGGGUAUCUAAAAGGUUCUUUUGUCGAAUACUUCUUGAUGCGCAUGCAAUUUGACAGAUCCAAGUUAAGAAGUUAUAGCACAUUGGAAGAGUAUAAUGAUGCGCUCUUAAGAGGAAGCAAAAAUGGAGGUGUUAGUGCAAUUAUUGAUGAACUACCUAAUCUCACACUCUUUCUCAACAAAUACUGCAGGAAGUAUAUUAUGGUUGGUCAAACUUACAAGACUGAUGGCUUUGGAUUAGCAUUUUCAGAAGCCUCACCUUUGGUACCUGAUGUCUCAAGAGCAGUCUUGAAGAUGAAGGAGGGAGGACAGUUUGCGAAAAGAGGAAUACAGAAAUACUCUAGUAAUGAAACAGAUUGUUCACAGAGCAAUGGAACAUCAGAUAGUCUCACGCUCGAUAGUUUUAGGGGCCUUUUCCUCAUAGCUGGUGUAUCAGCAGGCACCGCUCUUCUCAUAUUCUUCCUUAUCUUCCUUUAUCAGAAUAGAGAAAUCUUAGCCACUGAUGAUUCAAUACGGAAAAAGAUUUCUGCAAUAGCAAAAGUCUUUGAUGAAGAAAAAGAUAUAUCUAAUUCUAAGUCAGGAAAGCCAGGAUGUAAUGAAGAAAGCCAAACGGCUACAGUACUGCUCGCAGCAAGUGAAACUUCCCCUGAAAUAUUGCCCAAUCUCCCUUCGCAAAGCUUAGAAAUCAGAAUCUCCGAUGGCCUAGGAGAAUCCCCUGCACAUGAAGGGUUCUCUGCAACAGAGCCUGCAACUCUAGUUCAUGAAACCAUUACAGAGACAUUCUAAAUUUGUAACUUUGGCCUUGAUAUUUGCAUCAAGGGGCAGCUUAAGAAUUGGAUCUGGUGGGUUUAACCUUGGAUGAUUGUUAUCUAUUGUAUUACUGUAUUCCCAGUGCUACACAUUUACAUGGCAACUUUCUGAUCUAAAACAUUCAUUGACCAUUUGGUGGCUAUAAAUCAUCUACUGUAUCAUCAUA